AUAUUUUAUACCAACUUCAACUUUAACUACUUGAAUAAUAAAAACAAAACAAAAUAUUUUAAAAAUAAGUUUUGAAGAGUUUGCUCCCGAAAUAAAUUAAUUUUCAAUUGUAUUAAACGUAUGACCUAUCAGUUUGUUAUUUAUUUUGAAACAUUUAGGAAAAGGUUUUCAAUAGCGUCUUAGUUUUAUUUAUGUUCUAUUUUAUUCAAGUAAGCAUGGGUAUGUAACAAAAUUUUCAGGUUGAAAGUGCUGGAAAAAAUUCGAGAAUAGCUAUGAAUCACAUAUUCAAAAUAUGCAAACAUGUAUGUCUACUGAAACCUAUAAGACCUUCGAUUCGACAAUUUGUAAUGAGUCACAGUUUGUUAAAAUAUGUUGAUGAACCUGAUUAUAUUAAGUAUACUAAACCACAAGUUCCUGUGUAUGAUCUCCUGAAUAUUCAAAUUAAAGGUUAUGAUUUCACUGUUUUAGAGCAUUAUGCCAAAUAUGUUCAUAGAAUUGCUCUGCAUUUGGACUUUAAUGUAACUGAUGCUUGGGCUACUCCACAUCAAGCAUGGAAAGUAACCAAUACUGAGCCUGGCUCUAGUAAAAUUGUCCAUGAUUUUUUACUUAAUACUUAUGAAAGAAAUAUACAGAUUGAUGAACUGCCUUGUUACUGUGCUCCAUUAUUUUUUGAAGUAAUCCAAAGAGCUUUGCCAGCUGGAAUAUCUGUCAGCAUACAUCCUCAUGAACCACAACAUAGUGAAAUUCGUUAUAUUCCAGAUUUUGAACUACUGGCACUAAAAGAACAGUUAACAGAAUCAAAUACAGAUUUAAAUAAAAAAUAAUGAUAUUUCUUAGGCAUAUAUGUUUUACGAGUGCUUUGUAUUAGAUGUACAAAUACAAAUACUUGAAAAAAAUUUCUUUUUUUAAACAAA